AAUAUCACUAUUAUAUUCCCCCCUCCUCCCCUUUCUUUCUAUUGAGCAAACCUAAUACAAAGAAGCAUUCUUGCAUUUGUGGUUUUUCUUCUUUUGCUUCAAUUUACUGCACAUUCUGAUAAAACUCCCAGUCUUAACACACACUCACACAGUACUCACUCUUCAUCAUCCUCUUUCCCCCUUACCCAUCCCUCUGCAAACCAGUAAGCUAUAGCCUAUCAGCUUUUGAGAAAAACCCCACUUCUUUUUUUUCCUCUUUUUCCCAUUAGUUCAAUCAGUAUAUAUAAAUUGAGGGAUUGGGAGUUUUUUCUUUCUUUCCCAAUUUGGAAAAAAAAGAAAAAAUGGAUAUUCAUGAACUGAUGAAAUCUUCUCCAUCUGAAGACCAGAUGGACAUGAUGCUUAUGAUGCAGAUGGACAAGCUGUCUGAACUCACCGGCUCUUUCGCCGACAUACAUGAGUUGCCCAUGUUCGAUUUCACCAACGUUACUAAUAAUGCCUCCUCCUCCUCCUCCGCUGCCGCCGCCGCCACCGGUUUCGGAGAUAAUCCUUCUUCCUCUUCCCCGCCGUUCAUCAACUUCCCAUCAAACGCUUCCUUCUCGAAUUCCGGUUUUCAAGACCCUUCUGGGUUGCCCUUUCCGGGAGGGAGUAGUAAUUCCGCAAGGUGGAGAAGCGGCGGGGAUGUGGCGGCGGCUGGCGGCGGAGGGGCAUUUGUGUCGGAAUCCCAGAAGCGGAGUUCGGUGGCGGCGAUGAGGGAAAUGAUAUUCAGGAUUGCGGCAAUGCAGCCGAUUCACAUUGAUCCCGAAUCCGUGAAGCCGCCGAAGAGGAGGAACGUGAAGAUAUCGAAAGAUCCUCAGAGCGUGGCGGCGCGGCACCGGAGGGAAAGGAUAAGCGAACGGAUUCGGAUCCUCCAGAGACUGGUUCCCGGCGGGACUAAAAUGGACACAGCUUCCAUGCUCGACGAAGCCAUUCAUUACGUGAAAUUCUUGAAGAAUCAAGUUCAGUCCCUCGAACGGGCCGCCGCCAACCGGCCUGCCGGGAUUGGUUUUCCGGUGCCGAUGUCGAGCGGUAACGGUAGCUACUUACCGGCCAUGCCAACGAAAGGGACACCGUUUCAUCAUCAUAAUGUCCAGCAAUAUGCAGAUGCUUAAUUUAACUUAAUGUUUUUGCUAAUAACUUCCUUAGUGUAUAAUUUUUCAUGUGGGUUUUUUUUUUUUCCUUAGUAAUUUGGGAAUUGGAGAAUUAUGGGGUUGUAAAGAUUAAAUUAAAAGAGAUGAAGAAGAAAGAAGGAAGGGAGAAGAAAGAGGUUACUGAGUUAAUUUAGUUUUAUUUAUUAAUGUGAUGCGGCAAUUCGAUUGAGUCGAAUGAGCUUACAAUUUGCCCAUGCAUGAUUAUGAUGGUGUACUAUUUACUGAAAAACAUGAAUAUUAAUAAAAUUAAUCCUCCCAAAUUAAUGGUAUAUAAAAUGCCAUUUGUUGUUGUUUUUUUUAAAAAAACUCUGAUUCUCU